UGGCGGCUGCUAGACGAAGGUGUUUCCCAAAAUAUAUGACACGACGAGGAAAAGAUGUCAUAUGAAACCCGCAUUCUUCUCGUAAUCACGUGCAUUAAUCAGAAGAAUUUGAAACGUUCUUUGAGUAAAUCGAUGAGUAUCAUUUAACAAUGGCCACCAUUGAGAAGCUCAUCAAGGCCUUUGAGGGCCUGAAAGUCUUUCAGCCUGGUGGCCUGGGCACCGAAGAAACAACUAAAAAAAAAGACCAGCCACCAAGCAAGAAAGACAAGAUGGUCAACUGCAACAUUGUAGCUGAUUGUAUAUGUGCUCCCAAUAUGAGGUCUAUUGCGGACUUCCCCAAGUUCCUGGGCAUAGCAAUGGAAGCAUUCCUAACCCUGUGUGAUGAUCAGGAGUCUGAUAUACGAAUGGUGGCAGAUGAGUGCUUAAAUCGGACAAUAAAGACUCUGUUGGAGACAAACCUUGGUCGUCUGCAGGUGGAGCUGUACAAGGAAAUUAAGAAGUGUGGUCCCUCACGUAGUCUUAGGGGAGCACUUUGGAGGUUUGCUGACAUGUGCCAUUUAAUCAGGCCACAGAAGUGCAGACCCUACAUUGUCAAUUUACUCCCUUGUUUGGCACGCAUCUGUCGCCGUGAUGAUGAAGAAGCUGUCCAGGAGACUUUAUCUACUUCCAUGCAGAAGAUCUGUCCUGGCCUAAUGGGCUUUGCUAAUGACACAGAAGUUAAAGGUUUACUGAAAGCAUUCCUACCAAAUCUGAAAUCUAACUCUGCCGUGUGUCGACGUACAGCAGCAAGCAGCCUCACUCUCAUCUGCCAAUACUCCCGUUGUCCAAUCACCUUCUUCUCGUAUCUCAUCACCAUUCUGCUAGAGCUUGUGUUGCCAGUGGAUGUGGAGCAUGAUGUAUACACGCUGCUGGGUGUGAUCCUGUGUAUGCGGACAAUCAUCCCCCAACUGGUGCAGUCAGACACGCGGGACCAGGGGCUAAAGGGCAGCUUUGGGGUCAUCCAGAAGGAGAAGGAAGAGGGGGUCAACUAUGAUCAGAUUCUCAAGAUGUUCCAGCUACUUUUGUUCUACACAAACCACCCUGACCACAACGUUGUGACGGCAGCACUGGAGGCGCUACAGCAACUUCUGCGCACACCUCCGCCUCAGCUCCGUUCAAUUCUGUUGGCUUCUGGCAGCAUACAGAGGACCCUGAUCUAUCAAAAAGAUUUUGAGGAGAGGGAACGCUUUAGGCUAGAAAGUUCAGCGGAGCUGCCAACCAUCUCUGAUGACACUGGUCUGGAGGAAGAAGAAGGCUCUGAUGUGACAGGGCAGACGGCAUCAUCAUCUGGUACUUUUGCUUUUGUAUCUGACCUUGACCCAGGAUCAGUUGAAGGUCUUAAUAUGCGGAGGCUGUCGGCUGAUUCGAGACGAGAGGGCAAAUCUGAAUCUGAUCUGACAGACUUGAUGGCAGGAUCAGACGCAACUGUGGUUGUGACAACAGAUAAUGACUAUUCCAAUGUUGAAAUAGGGGAUUUAAAUGAAGAAAAGUCUGAACGUUCCACAUUAUCACACAGCAGUAGUGUUGAAACUCUUCUAAGCAUCAAGAGUCUGAGCCCCAAACGAAGGCCAUCUUUGAGGAAAGGUGUGAGUCAGGACUUGAAUGGAAACCCAGAGUAUGACCUCCUAGGGGGCUCAGAUACCCCGGAUAGGUCAUCUCCCCUUCCCAGUCCAGUACCUCCAGGAAUGAGAGAGGAUGCGGUCAAUGAUAUCGGUUCACUGUUAGAUGAGGAGCUUCCGCUGCUAUACUGUGUUCGCUUAUUGUGCCGAGGGUUCUUGUUGAAUGGAAGUGAAGGGGGCCUUCUUCCAGAUAAAGUUGCCCGAGUGAGCCUCAAGUCACUGGCUCUCAGCUGUGUUGCUUCAGCAUUAUCUCUCUGCCCAAAGAUCUUCCUCUACAAGCUGUUUCCCCGUGAUCUGGAGAGUGGUAAUCAACACAUCAGGGAAGUCAUCCUGUAUGCCAGUCACCCUGACCCCCAGCUCAAGGGAACAACUGCCAUGGUGAUCGGAAGCCUCAUCAAGGCUGUGCUUACAGAAGGAGAGGGGGACUUCAAGAAGUGGCUCAAGAAACAUUCCCCAGCUGACAUAGGUGAGCUGUCACUGGAACACCUGAUGGAGACCUUAGUACACAUCAUGUAUGACCAGUCAUCUGUGGCUAUCCGACUGACACUGAUCGCCCUACAGAUGUGUCUGUCCAACCUCCUGGAGAGCUGCCAUGGCAAGGUUGGGAUCAGUGUCAUGCUGGAUCUCCUGGAUGUCAAGAACAACCCGUAUUGGCUGGUCAAGGUGGAGCUGCUUGAACUACUGGGCAGUAUCAACUUCAAGGUGGUAUGCUACCUGGGCACUCUCUGCAAGGAUCACAAGAAGGGCAGCCAUAACUUCCUCGGGAGACUGAAUUUACAGGACCACUAUUUGAGUCAUGUGAUCAUUCCACUGCUGGGAGAUGAAGAUGGCCGAGUCAGGCAUGCAGCAUCAAGAACAUUGCUCAGGCUUGUUCCCAAACUCUUCUUUGCUGUUGACAACUGCCAACAAGACCCGGUGACAGCUAUUGCCAGAGAUCUGACAGAUGGUUUGAUGUAUCCCCUGAUGUCCGAGUGGGCAGAGGAGCCUCCACCCCUCGUACAGGGGCUGAUCCCCCCAUACCACUUCUCACCCACGUUCACCAUCAAGCCCCACCUAGAGAGCAGUCUGUCUAGGGUGGUCCAAUUUCUCCUGCAGCAGCUGCACACAGCACAAACCAAACAUUUGACAAGUGGAUGUUGUCAUGCUAUGUGUCUGCUGUCGGAGGAGUACCUCGUGUCCUGCUACGCCUCAUCCUGGGGAUGUGGCCCGGCGACACCGCUAAUUCCCAAAGAUAGCUCAAAUAGAAUUAACAUGAAGAGGCCUCCAAGCCUCUCGCUGAGCUCCUCCAGCCUAGAGGAGUUGACAUCGGGGUCUGGGGGUGGUCCCCUGCCUGUUAUCCUGGCCCUGCUGUUAUCGUCACCCGCAGCCCUCGACCUCUCCACACAUCAGGAUCUCAUUCAGCUGGCAGGGAACCUCCUAGCAGGCUCUGCCUUUAAGACAUUCCGCGGAUCUGACGAGACGGCAAGCCUGGCAGGGUCGGGGGAUGAGGGCAAGUGGGCAUCAGUCAGUGACAGGCUGCUGGUUCCUAUGAUAGAACAACUUCUCAGCCAUGUGGCCAGGGUGCUGAACGCCUGUGCCCAUGUGAUAGAUGAGCAAGUGCCAGGUCCCCCACAGAUGAAGCCCUCCCUCCCCUCCCUACCCAAUGCCCCCUCCCUCAGCCCAGUCAAGCGGAAGGUGAAGGGAGACAAGGAGUCCAGGGCUGGAGCAGGGGCAGGGCAGGCGGGUGAUGCCAAGGCUGACAAGAAAACACCUCAGAAAGACCAGAAGGAACCUGAGAAGGAGAAGAGCAAGAAGGAUGGACUGGGAAUGUUCUACAGCCUACCACAGUAUAUGAAGGUGUAUGAGAUGCUCAAGGGAGCCUACUCUAACUACAAGAUCUCCCUGGACCUGAACAGCUCUGACAAGUUCUGUAACCUGCUGAAGGUGACACUGGCUGUCUUCUCCCAGAUCCUGGAGAUCGCCACACUGUUCGACAUUGGGAAGUAUGCCGAGGAGUUCCUGGGCUACCUCAAGAGCACUAUGACCAUGGAACCAACUUUCACAGUAUUGUGUGUCCAGCAGCUGUUGAAGGCUCUGUUUGGCACCAACCUUGCCAACCAGUGGGAGCCCCAGCAGAGUGUGUUCCAUAGCCGCAAGCCUGGCAAGUCCAUGAGGGUAAUGACAGGCCUGAAGCCAGGCAUCUACCAGUGUUGUCUCAACCAGCCCUACUCACUCAUGACCCACUCCUUCGCUGGGGCCUUCCUCCGAGCAGCCAACCAGACAGACCAGGAGGAGUCGCAGAGUUCACUAACGUGGUUGAGGAAGAGAGUGGAGAGGAAAACUCCAGCUAUCCUAAAGCCUGGUAGCAAAGUCGAUAAGUCCGCAAUAGCAUCCUACAUCCGCCUGUUUGAACCGUUGGUCAUCAAAUCCUUGAAGCAGUACACUGUAACAAGCUCACUGGAACUCCAGCGCCAAGUUCUUGACCUUCUAGCCCAGCUGGUGCAACUCAGAGUCAACUACUGUCUCCUUGACUCAGACCAGAUCUUCAUUGGUUUUGUUCUAAAACAGUUUGAGUUCAUUGAGGAGGGUCAGAUCAGGAACUCUGAGAUGCUGGUGCCCCACAUAUUCCAGUUCCUUGUGAUGUUGUCGUACGAGCGUUUCCACAGCAAGUCCAUCAUCGACAUGCCCCGCAUCAUACACAGAUGUGACGGCAUCAUGGCCAGCGGAUUGCAGCCCACAACUCAUGCAAUUCCGGCCCUGCGCUGUGUGGUGUAAGACGACCUGUUCCUGCUCCGUGGCAACAGCAAGUCGGAUGUAGGGAAGGAGCUGGAGACACAGAGGGAGGUGGUGGUGUCCAUGUUGCUGCGCCUGAUCAACUACUACCAGGCUCUGGAGAUGUUUGUGAUAGUUCUCCAACAGUGCCACAGGGAGAGUGAAGACAAGUGGAAGAGGUUGUCUCGGCAAGUCAUCGAUACUGUGCUGCCAGCUCUAGGAAAACAACAGAUCAACAUUGACCGCCAGUCUUCGCUGGACGUCCUGCACCGAUUGUUCGAGUCAGUGGCUCCCAGCGUCUUCAGACCGGUUGACAUCCUACUGAAGGGGCUGCUGGGAUCCCCAGGGGACAUUUCAUGUGUCCAGGGCCUGCAGCGCUGGAUGUGUCUGGUACUGUCCGUCAUGAGAGUGCUGGUCUCCCAGUCUAAGGAGGAGGUUGUGUUGUCCCGCCUUGUGGAUGUGGGGCUGUCGUUCCCCCUGACGCGGGAUGCCGGGGAGAGAGACACCAACAUCGAGGACUACAGCGAUCUGAUGCCUGAGGAGAUAUUUGCAUGGUUCCUGAUGCAAGCAAUAGGCAAGUGUGCAGAGACCCUCAACAAAGAGUCUGUGACCAUCAACUCCUCAGAUCACAACUUGCACUUCCUGGUACAGCAGAUGUGCCAUCUCAUCCUCUACAUCACGCACAUGUUUCAGUCAGGGCUGUACCGCCGCGUUGCCACGGCAGCCAUGCGCAUCAUGCAGAUGGACUGUCCUCGUAAUGUGUACAGUGUGCGGGAGAUCAACCAGCUUCUCCUGGCACUCAACACUGUGUACCCCACGCUGACGAUGCUGUGGUGCAACAUUCUCAUCCUCCUCAACUUUGACGACCAGAGCAUGUGGAGCCAGGUGAUGCACACACCACAGAAGUACCUCAUGGUCAGCCCUAGUCGCCAGGGCAACAUGGUGGACCUGAAGAAGAGGACGUUACAGUGUUGUCAGCUGGAACUGCUGAGGCGGGGAGGACUCAUCCUCUUCUGUGACUAUGUGUGUGAGAACCUGAAUGAUGCGGAGCACAUGACAUGGCUGAUAAUAAACCACGUGUCUGAUCUCAUUGAGCUGUCAGAUGAGUCACCAGUGCAGGAUUUCAUCAGCGCUAUACAUCGGAACUCUGCUGCCAGCAGUCUCUUCAUACAAGCCAUACAUGCCAGAUGUGAAAAUGUCUCCAGGCCCUCUCUUGUGAAGAAGACCCUGAAAUGCAUAGAAGCAAUCCAUCUGACGCAGAGUGGGGCCUUACUGACACUGCUGAUAGACAAGUUCCUCAACACACACCAGCUGGCUGUAGCGAGGAUGUGUGACACAAUCGCAUGUCGCCGGGUUGAGAUGUUGCUGGCGGAGAACUACGAAGACAGCAGCAAGCAGUUACCACUAGAGGAUUUAGAGAAGUUACUUCAGUUUAUGAGAUCCAAUGGAUUAAUACAAAGACAUGCUCGCCUUGUCUCCCUCCUCAACAAGUUCCUCAUCCUCCAAUCUCCAGACAACAAACAUGCCAUGUCACCAGAGAAAACUCACCCUCUGGCCUUGACCCCUGAACAGGUCACAAAUAUAGAGGUCAACAAGGACUUCUACCUGUCGGUGGUGAAGGACCAGUGCUUCCAGAUGGACCCCAACACGCGGGAGUGCGCCUUCCUCCUCCAGCGCCUUGACUAUGCUGACAUACUGUCUAUCACCAUGACAAAGGAGUUCAGUCUUGCAGUAUUAGAGGAGUGUAUAUCGCUGGGUGCAUACCGUACACUUGUGAGAUACAAUCGUGACCGAGAGACUCACACUGAGCAGAAGCUGCCCCUCUCGGAGACCAAGUCCGACACACUCUUCCAAGCUGCACAGCUCACUCUGUUCCGCCAUAUUAACAAUAUCAUCAAUCACCUUCCAAUUCCACAUCAGAAUCUGACUUUUAGACUCUCUCUCAGUGCCAAAGAGAUUCGAUACAUGGAGAGAAUCGAGGAUUUGUUUACGGAUAGUACAUGGUUUGUGAUGAACUUUCAGCUAACGUCAGCACUAACUCAGUAUUUAGUGUCUGUACAGAGGUUUCCAUGGAGACCUGGUGUGCCUGCUGAAUCUCAUGGAGAUGUAUGCCGCUUUAGUGUUCUUUGUAUGGAGAUGCUGAGUUGGCUGCUGCAGCACAACCAGCUGCCGACCACGGAGCAGAUACAGACGUGUCUGGAAUGUGUGUCCCUCGUCCUGCAGAACCAGCUGUUCUCCUCCAUCAUUGGUCAGACCGACCAUUCCACAUGGGUGUGUACCAUCACAUCUUCCCUCUACCAGCUGGUGUCAUCAUUGGUGGUGUUGCCAGGGGAGAAGGUGGCUGUGUUAGCUCAUCAGGACAGAGAGGACGACAGUAUGACAAAUUCCAGAGAUGAAUCAUCAUUCCUUAUCCGUGCAUGUGACCAGAUCUCGGAGUUGGUUCACUGUCUACAGACUCGCCUGAAACCAAAGACCCACACUAGUCUCCCCUUGCCCCCAGUGAUAGCAGCUCCCAUCAGGAAUAUCGUCAUUGGUCUCGGGCGACUCCAGCUAGUUAACACAUACGCACGAACACCACCACUUGUAUGGAAGCUGGGCUGGGCUCCCUCCCCAUCAGGAGAUCUGAAGACAAAACUACCUCCAUUACCUGUUGACUUUCUACAGGAGAAAGAAGUCUUGAAGGAAUUUGUUUUGCGGGUCAACACACUGGGAUGGGUCAGUCGGCAGCAGUUUGAAGAGACGUGGAUGAGUCUGCUGGCGUUACUCAACCCUGUGUCAGGUGGUAUGGACCUGACACAUGAGGAGGAGGUAGAUCGAAGCCAGGUGAUGGUGAUCUCCGUGAAGGCCAUCACAGCCCUCCUUCUGCAGUCAAUCCUCAUCCCAAUUGCCGGUAACCCUGGCAACAGCAUGUUUGAAGUCCAGCCCAGAGAUAAGCCCCUGGCCUUCCUGCACACACGGUGUGGCAAGAAACUGUCAAUGAUUCGUGGUCUGAUAGAGCAAGAAAUCCAGAACCUCUGUGCUGCCAGACCAGAUCGGCAGUCUCACCAUGCGUAUGCUGGUUACCGUCGACGAACAGACUCUCUACACUGUGAUCUGUUUGAGGACAACCUGGAACGUGAGACAGGGAUGGAAGACUUUGGGCUAGGACAGAUCUCCCUGGAAGCCAUAUGGUCAGUUGUGGGGACACUUGAAACCAACAUGUCUGAGUCAGACACGACUGACUCAAUGGACAGUCCGCUCCAGGAGCAGGUGCGAGCCAACAUUCCACUCUCUCCCAUCAAGUCGCAGGAGAGGUCAAUCACGCUGAGCGGCCUGGACAUCCACUCCUGCCUGCAGUUUCUCCUGGAGCUGUACACGCCAUGGCUGGCCUGUGAUUCCAACUCCAGACCACCUCUCAUGCUCAUCAACGCUGUCGUUGAGUCGAUUGUGUGCCUGUCUGACUUGUUCAUGGAGCGAGAACAGUUUGAGCUAAUGCUGGACACACUGUUGGAUGUCCACAAGACACACCCCUCAGAGGAUGAGCUUGUCACUCAGUAUCUCAAUGUCGGCAUCUGUAAAGCUGUUGCUGUGGUCGGUGCAGAUAGCUCCAUAGCCGAGAGAGUCGUGAAGCUUAUUGAUGUUGGUCUGAAGAGCACACACCUCCCCAGCAAAGUCUCCACAUUACAUGGCAUGCUUCAUUUACUAGAGGCUAACAUUGCUGAUCUCACCAAGAAUAUACUCCCCUUAGUCACAGACUUCCUGCUCAAGCACCUGUCAGCAGUCAGCAAUGCCUGCAUCACAAGUCAGCAGUUUGAACUGACCAUGUGGGCUGUGGCAUUCUACGUGCUGGAGAACUACCAUGAUGAUCUUCGUGAUGCAGAGUUUCCUAGCAAAAUGCUCUCGCUUGCUGUGAGCACAGCAUCCGGGAGUGAGGACAGUGUUUCAACAGCCGUGUUCCUCACGAUCAUGAAGGGAACAGAGCGCCUGCUGUUGACUGAUGUCCUCUCUCGGGGCGACAUGGAGACAAUCAUGAAGUUGAGCAUGGACAGGUUGUGUCUGCCGAGUCCCCAGAGGGCGCUGGCAGCACUGGGGCUCAUGUUCACCUGCAUGUAUUCAGGCAAGCAGUUUGACCAGUACAGCCCUCGUCCUCGUGAUGAGAUGGAGCCAGUAUUCUCAGACAAUGGCUUCACAUUCGUGUACCAGGACCCGGAAUCUCUCAUCCUGGCCAUGGAGAGGGUCACAGUGCUCUUUGACAGAAUCAAGAAAGGCUACCCUUAUGAGGCACGGGUGAUUACACGUCUCCUCCCAGCAUUCCUAGCUGACUUCUUCCCACCACAAGACAUCAUGAACAAAGUGAUCGGGGAGUUCCUCUCCAGCCAACAACCCUACCCACAGCUCAUUGCCAAAGUCGUCUUUCAGGUAUUCAACAACUUACAUCAGCAGAACCAGCAGAGCCUGGUGAGGGACUGGGUAAUGUUGUCGCUUUCCAACUUUACACAGCGAUCACCUGUUGCCAUGGCAAUGUGGAGUCUCACCUGUUUCUUCAUAAGUGCCUCCACCAAUCAAUGGCUCAAAGCUUUAUUUCCACAUGUGAUUGGUCGGAUGGGUAAGAUGGAGACGAUAGACAGGAAGUUGUUCUGUCUGGCAGCCCUUGACUUUAAAAGCCAGCUGAACGAGGACCUCCAUGUGUUUGUGUCGACAUUCCAGGCAGUGGCACAGCCAGACUCCCCGUAUCAGGAUCUUGUCAAGUGCCUCACAUAGCACCUGGACAUGUGGCACAGCCAGAAUCCCAGUACAGGAUCUUGAGAACGAUCUAGCAUCUGGGAGGUGGUGGCACAACUCAAAUCUGAUACCAAGGCCAUGUCAACUGCCACAAACAGCACCUGGAAGCAGUGGCACAGUAACAUGAUCUUGGGAACAGCCUUGCACAGCACCUUGAAUCUGUGACACAGCCCAAACCCUAGUACCGGGAUCUUGUCAACUGCCCCAAACAACACCAGGAGUGGGUCGCAGCGUAAACCCUAGUACCAGGAUCUUGGGAACAGCCUUGCACAACACCUGGAGUCCCAGUUCCCAGUACCAGAACAGCAGUUGUUGACAGCCAGACGCCUAACUGGAGGUAGUGGGACAGCAGAACUACCGGUACUAGGAUCUUUGGAACAGCCUCACGCCUAACUGGAGUCUGUGGCACAGUCCAAAGGAUCUUGUCAACUGCCUCACAUAGCACUUCACACUGUGUCAAGCAUUUAAUGUAAAGUUUUAAGUGACUCUUUUUUUGCCAUACGUUAAUGCAGAUUAAAACUGUAGCAUUUCUGUUAUUGUAGCCAUUUAUGUAUAUUUUUGUAGUGGACCAAAGCUUAAUGUGAUAUCAACACUAGAACUACUGGUGGUCUAGUUAUUGUGGCGGCCAGACAGGCAGGGUGGAGUCCGGGACCAGAGGCAUGCUGUGAAGGGUCUGUGCGAACAGUUGCAUCUAAAGGAUGUCAUGGCAAAACAUACACGUAUUAUUAUGUACAGUCGUGCCCUGUUUAUCCGAACACUUGUGUUUUUCUUGAAAUUGUUCGGAUAAACAAAUUUUCGGAUAUCUGAACCGAGGACCAUAUGGAAAAAGACAGACAAA